AUGUCAGAAGAAUUAAAUUCAAGUCUUGAUUCAUUAGAAUUAGAUCUCUAUCACAAACCAAAUCCUUAAAUAAAAACCAUAGUUGAUUAUCUAAGAGCUCAAAACAUCAAGUUUUGUACCGAUCCAAAAGCUAAGGAAAAUAAUUAUUAUACUAACCAGUCAUAUAAGGAAGAAAAUAAUAAUACUGAUUUUGGAAUUUAGUAAAAUAGAUUUAUUCAAAAGAAUAGUAAGAGAUUGGCAUGUCAUUUGAAAUGA